AUGCAUGCAGAGCAGGAAAGAUGCGAGGCGGUCGGCUACGUCCUUGACCUGCACAGCAAGAACCAAGUCCAGCGGCUCCUGUCACCCGAACAUUGCCUCGACCAGUCAAAUUCUCCUCAUCUGGCUGACGCAAGCAGCAAGCGAGCUGAAGCGUGGCAAACGGCGUUGGCGUCUCCCACCCUAUCCAGGCCCCACAUACGCUAA